CAGCAAAGCCAGCCCCACGGCCACGGUCCCUCCAGCCUCCCCGCAGCUCCACAGCAGUCCAGACCUGCCGGCCCUCCAGGACCGGAGGUGCUCCCAACAGGGAAACUCAGGCACUUGCUGGUCCUCAUGUCGGCCCCGGGGCCCAGCGUGGCGCCCGCCAGCGAGGCGGGAGAGAUCCACAACUGGACGGAACUGCUCCACUUCUUCAACCACACCCUGCCCGAGUGCCACAUGGAGCUCAGCGAGAGCACCAAGCGAGUGGCCCUGUUCGUGCUCUACCUGGCUGUCUUCGUGGUCGGGCUGGUGGAGAACCUGCUGGUGAUCUGCGUCAACUGGCGCGGGGCGGCCCGCGCAGGGCUGCUGCGCCUCUACGUCCUCAACAUGGCCAUCGCCGACCUGGGCAUCGUCCUGUCCCUGCCCGUGUGGAUGCUGGAGGUCACGCUGGACUACACCUGGCUCUGGGGCAGCUUCUCCUGCCGCUUCACUCACUACUUCUACUUUGCCAACAUGUACAGCAGCAUCUUCUUCCUGGUGUGCCUCAGCAUCGACCGCUACGUCACCCUCACCAACGCCUCUCCCUCCUGGCAGCGCCACCAGCAUCGAGGGCGGCGGGCCGUGUGCGCCGGGGUCUGGGUCCUCUCGGCCCUCAUCCCGCUGCCCGAGGUGGUCCACAUACGGCUGGUGGAGAGCUUUGAGCCCAUGUGCCUCUUCAUGGCGCCCUUUGAAACGUACAGCACAUGGGCCCUGGCGGUGGCCCUGUCCACCACCGUCCUGGGCUUCCUGCUGCCCUUCCCUCUCAUUGCGGUCUUCAACGUGCUGACGGCCUGCCGGCUUCGGCGGGCGGGACAGCCUGAGGGCCGGCGCCACUGCCUGCUGGUGUGUGCCUACAUUGCCGUCUUUGUCACCUGCUGGCUGCCCUACCAUGUGACCCUGCUGCUGAUCACACUGCACGGGACCCACAUCUCCCUCCACUGCUAUCUGGCCCACCUGCUCUACUUCUUCUACGACAUCAUUGACUGCUUCUCCAUGCUGCACUGCGUCGUCAACCCCAUCCUGUACAACUUUCUCAGCCCGAGCUUCCGGGGCCGGCUGCUCAACGCUGUGGUCCAUUACCUUCCCAAGGUCCAGGCCAGGGAGGGCAGACAUGCUUCCUCCUCCUCCUCCUCCACCCAGCAUUCCAUCGUCAUCACCAAGGAGGGCAGCCAGCCCCCUGCAGCCAGCCCCCGCCACCACCCAAGCCUGAACUUCCAGGCAGCAGACACCCCACCCACCUCUGCUCCUCGGGCUCUUAUAGCCAGCUGAGGAAGAUUCCAGUCUCCUCUACCAGCCAAGUAGAAAGCUGGAAGUG